ACCAAGGUUGGCACAUCCUCCUUCCCAAGGCCAAUGCCGGCGAAACUGUGUAGAGUCAUUCCGCCGAUGUUGCAUGCAGCCAGCCCAGUCGACGCAGUGACACCCAAUCGCUCGGGGUCGCGAGCCCAUUUCUUCUUCAUAUCAGCGAUGAUGGCGCGCAUCAAGACAGACUUUCCGGUUCCGGCGGGACCAGUGAAAAACACACUCUGCUUCUUCUGUGUGACUAAUUCGAGGACAUGCUGUUGCUCC